GCGCUCGGCAGCGCGGCGCCUCUGUGCCCUCCUCCCGCCGCCGCGCCGGCGGCCCUGGAUGAGGACGAGGAAGCCCGGGCGCUGUUGGAAGAGCAGCUUUCCAGAAGCUCUUCCUUCUUGGGGGAGGAGGGCCACAAGAAGCUCUGCAACUCCUUCGUGGCCAUCGUGGGCUUGGGUGCUGUGGGCAGCGCCGCUGCAAUGCUGCUGGCUCGGGCGGGCGUUGCGCGGCUCCGCUUGGUGGACGGGAGUUGCAUCAGCAACAGCGCCCGUCACGCCCUGGCCCGGGCCACGGACCAGGGUCGGCCGAAGGUGGACGUGUGCGAGGAACUGAUGUGCGAGGUGCUGCCCCACGUGGACAUCGAGCUGCGACGGGAGCACCUGACAGCAGAGCAGGCGCCAGGGCUGCUGGGGCCCAGCGAGGACGGGAGGCUCCCGGAUAUGCUCCUCGACUGCAUCGGCGGAACCUCGGGGAAGGAGCUGCUCAUGAGGCCCGUAGAUCUGGCUCUCGUUGGGGUGGAUGCCGUUCCACAGAAGGGGUACUCUUAA